AUGGGGUUUGGCAGGGGGAUAUGGGUACCAGAAUGGGCUUUCCUGUUAGCAGUUUGCUGUAUCCAUCAGAUAGGAGCCCAGAUUGAAAUGCAACAGGAAACAGGAAGCAAAUACACUGAGGUUGUUCAGCAGAAACAAAACACUUCUGCUACAGUUUCAUCUAAGGUGAACAUCAUCCAGCCAAUGCUGACAAAUCCAAUAAUAACACCUUCCAAUCCUGCUCACAAUGGCCACGUGUGCAGCACAUGGGGCAACUUCCACUUCAAGACCUUUGAUGGAGACAUAUUUUCCUUCCCUGGGCUCUGUAAUUAUGUUUUUGCAUCCCAUUGCAACGCUCCUUAUGAGGAUUUCAACAUCCAGAUUAGGCGCAUAGUGGUGGAAAAUGCUCCAACAAUCAACCGUAUCACCAUGAAACUUGAAGGUGUAGCUGCUGAACUAACAAAGGAUGUUGUCAUGAUCAACAGCAACAGUGUUCAACUACCAUACAGCCAAUCUGGAAUUAUGAUAGAGAAAAGCAGCAUUUAUGUGAAAGUUGCCAGCAAAAUGGGUAUUGUGUUGAUGUGGAAUGAAGAUGACAGUAUCCUGCUGGAAUUGAAUGAGAAAUAUGCCAAUCAGACCUGUGGACUUUGUGGGGACUUCAAUGGCUUUCCAGCUUACAAUGAGUUCUAUUCAAACAAUAUUAAGAUGACAGCCUUGCAGUUUGGGAAUAUGCAGAAAAUGGAUGGGCCAACAGAACACUGUGAAGACUCCACUUCUAUCCUGCCAGAUAAUUGCACUGAUAAUUUUGAUGACAUAUGCCAGAAAACAUUGACCAGCUCUGCAUUUGCAGAGUGUAAUGACCUAGUUGAUGUUAGAGAGUACAUUAUGGCUUGCCAAGAUGACUUGUGCCGCUCUGAAGAGUCUAAAAAUGCCUCAUGUAUCUGUGACACCUUUGCUGAAUACUCCCGGCAGUGUGCUCAUGCUGGUGGGCAUCCUCUGAACUGGAGAAGCUCAAAACUGUGCCCCAAGAAGUGUCCUUACAACAUGCAGUACCAGGAGUGCAGCUCCCCCUGUGCUGACACAUGCACCAAUCCUGAGCGAUCUCAGUUUUGUGAAGAACACUGUAUGGAUGGUUGUUUCUGCCCCCCAGGGACUGUAUUUGAUGACAUCACCAAUUCUGGCUGCAUUCCCCAUCAGCAGUGCUCCUGUGUUUAUAAUGGCAACACCUACGCUACAGGAACUUCUUUUUCAGAGCAGUGCCAUUCCUGUACCUGUAAUGGAGGCCAGUGGAGUUGCCAAGACAUGUCAUGCCCAGGAAUAUGUUCAGUAGAGGGAGGUUCACACAUUUCCACAUAUGAUAAAAAACAUUACGAUCACCAUGGAGACUGCACUUACGUCCUUUCUAAGCACUGUAAAGAUGAAACAUUCACCAUCCUGGUAGAACUACGCAAAUGUGGCCUAACAGACACUGAGACAUGCUUAAAGACAGUGACCCUCAACAUGAAUAAAGGACAAACUCUCAUCGAGGUCAAACCUGAUGGUGGUGUGUUUGUGAACUCGAUCUACACCCAGCUGCCCAUCUCAGCAGCUAGUGCCACUGUGUUCAGACCUUCAUCCUUCUUCAUCAUCAUACAUACAAACUUUGGCGUUCACCUUGAAAUCCAAAUCACACCCAUCAUGCAAGUGUUUGUGCGACUGGAUUCUAUUUUCAAAGACCAGACCUGUGGUCUCUGUGGAAAUUUCAAUAAUAUCCAAACUGACGACUUCAAGGUCAUAAGUGGAAUAACUGAAGGAACAGCAACAGCAUUUGCUAAUACAUGGAAAACUCAGGCCUCAUGCCCUAAUAUCCAGCGCACUUUUGAGAACCCUUGUGCACUCAGCAUUGAUAAUGAAAAAUAUGCUCAGCAUUGGUGUGGACUACUAACUGACAGCAAAGGACCUUUUGCUGAUUGUCACUAUGCAGUGAAUCCCUCUGUUUACCACAUGAACUGCAUGUUUGACACAUGUAACUGUGAAAAUAGUGAGGACUGUCUGUGUGCAGCCCUGUCUUCCUAUGUGAGAGCUUGUGCUGCAAAAGGAAUCCAGCUGCAUGGAUGGAGGACUGAUGUCUGCUCAAAAUACACCACCUCAUGUCCCAAAUCCCUAAGCUACAGCUAUAUCAUCUCUUCCUGUCAACCCACUUGUCGGUCUCUGAGUGACCCUGAUGUCACAUGCAACAUUAAGUUUGUCCCAGUUGAUGGCUGCACCUGCGUAAAUGGAACCUACAUGGAUGACAGUGGCAAAUGUGUGCCUGCUAAUGAAUGCCCCUGCUACUACAGAGGAUCUCCCAUACCAUUUGGAGAAGUUGUCCAUGAAAAUGGGCUUGUAUGCACUUGCAUCCAGGGAAGACUGAAUUGCAUUGGAGCACCAAAUCCAACUCCAGCCUGUGAAUCUCCCAUGGUCUACUUUGACUGUAAAAACAUCACUGCAGGAACAACUGGAGCAGAAUGUCAAAAAAGUUGCCACACUCUGGAUAUGCAGUGUUAUAGCAUGCAAUGUAUAUCUGGCUGCGUGUGCCCAGCUGGGCUUGUGUUAGAUGGGAAUGGUGGUUGUAUUCCUGAAGAGGAAUGUCCCUGUAUUCACAAUGAAGCCAUGUAUCAGCCUGGGGAAAAGAUCAACGUUGACUGUAACACCUGUGUAUGCAAGAACAGGAAGUGGGAAUGCACUGAAGAUCAAUGUCUGGGUACUUGUGCUGUUUAUGGAGAUGGUCAUUAUAAUACCUUUGAUGACAAAAGGUUCAGCUUCAAUGGAAACUGUGAAUACACACUCGUCCAGGACCACUGUGGGAAGAGUGGCACAGCCAAUGGGACCUUCAGGGUUAUCACUGAAAAUAUUCCCUGUGGCAACACUGGGACAACUUGCUCAAAAUCUAUCAAAGUUUUCUUAGAGAGCUAUGAACUGAUACUUGGUGAGGAGCAUAUCAGUGUCAUAAAGCGAGGACAGGAUGAGGAGGUGCCAUAUACAGUCCGCUAUAUGGGUAUGUACUUGGUAAUUGAGACCACAAGCGGACUGAUCCUCAUGUGGGACAAGAAAACCAGCAUCUUCAUCAAGCUCAGCCCUGAUUUUAAGGGCCAGAUCUGUGGCCUCUGUGGAAAUUACGAUGGCAAUGGCAUCAAUGACUUUACUACAAGGAGUCAGUCUGUGGUAGAGAAUGUCCUAGAGUUUGGAAACAGCUGGAAAGUAUCCUCUACGUGUCCUGAUGCUUACAGCAUAAAGGACCCAUGUUCUACCAACCCUUAUCGAAAGUCCUGGUCAGAGAAGCAGUGUAGCAUCAUCAACAGCAACGUCUUUGCUGCCUGUCACUCUCAGGUUGAACCAGCAAAAUAUUACCAAGCAUGUGUGACAGAUGCUUGUGCAUGUGACACUGGAGGAGAUUGUGACUGCUUUUGUACAGCAGUAGCUGCCUAUGCUCAAGCAUGUAGUGAAGUUGGUGUCUGCAUAGCCUGGAGAACCCCAUCAAUCUGUCCACUGUUCUGUGAUUACUACAAUCAACAAGGGGAAUGUGAAUGGCACUAUAAGCCUUGUGGAGCCUCCUGUAUGAAGACCUGUAGGAACCCAAGUGGAAAAUGCCUCCAUAACUUGUCAGGUUUAGAAGGCUGCUACCCUAACUGCCCACCAGACAAGCCAUAUUUUCAUGAGGAUCAGAUGAAGUGCGUUAGUCUCUGUGACUGUUAUGAUAAUGAAGAUGGAAAGAUAUAUAGACGGGAUCAAUGUCAUUUAUGUGAAUGCACAUCUGAAGGUUUACAGUGCAAGUUUGAUGAUAAAGAAAUUACAACCGCAACACCAGUGACAACUGUAUGUGUGAAGAAUGUAUGUGCAUGGUCAGAAUGGUAUGAUUGCACACAGCCUGGAAACGAAGAGGACAGUGGAGAUUAUGAAACAUUUGAAAAACUCAGAGAUAAAGGAUACAGCGUGUGUAAAAACCCAAAUGGUGUUCAAUGCAGAGCCAAAGAAUACCCAGAUACAGAAAUAAACAACCUUAACCAAACGGUACAAUGUAGUAAAAGCACAGGAUUAAUAUGCAAUAACAAAGACCAAAAAUCUAAGCAUUGCUAUAAUUAUGAAAUCAGAAUAUCAUGCUGCAGCUAUAUACCAUGUUCAGAAAUACAAACUACAACACCAAGAACCACAGAAGACUUCACAACUACUGCUGUAAAAUCAACACCAUUUACAGUACAGACAAAGAUAAAAUCAACAGUGCAAAACCAGAAAACUGAAGCGCAAAAAACCAAAGUAUCUACAACAUCACCACCAGACAGAGAAAGCACGACUCAUCUGACUGAAAUUUUAGCUAGAGCAAAAACAUCACAAGUGUCAACAAAGGGUUACCAGACCACGUCACCUCCAGCAGAAAUCACCACUGUGGCAACCCAGAUGCCAACAUCACCCACUACCACCUCCACACGCCCCCAGUCAGCAAUGACAACCACUGCUGGCACCACAGUUAUCCCCAGGACCACUGCCCCACCAACACAAGGCACAACCAUCAUCACUACCACCAGCAGGACUGCCACUACCGCGACCUCUCCGCCUCCAACACAAGGCACAACCAUCAACACACCCACUCCAACAGUGCCCACCUCAGCCACUAGCACUGCCAGCACCUCAAGGUACUCUGAAGGAAGCACCACAACGUCCACAGCCACGUCUCCUCUAGCAGAAACCUCCACUGUGGCAACCCAGGCUCCAACAUCACCUGCUACUGCCUCCACACUCCCCCGGUCAGCAAUGACAACCACCGCUGGCACCACAGUUGUCCCCAGUACCACUGCCCCACCAACACAAGGCACAACCAUCAUCACACCCACUCCCACAGUGCCCACCUCAGCCAUUAGCACUGCCAGCACCUCCAGGACCUCUGAAGGAAGCACCACAACUUCCACAUCCCAAUCUACUCCAGCAGAAACCUCCACUGUGGCAACCCAGGCUCCAACGUCACCCACUACUGCCUCCACCCUCCCCUGGUCAGCAAUGACAACCACCGCUGCCACCAUGGUUGUCCCCAGUACCACUGCCCUGCCAACACAAGGCACAACCAUCAUCACACUCACACCAACAGUGCCCACCUCAGCCACUAGCACUGCCAGCACCUCCAGGACCUCUGCAGGGAGCACCACAAUGUCCACAGCCAUGUCUGCUCUAGUAGAAACCUCCACUGUGGCAACUCAGGCUCCAAUGUCACCUGCUACUGCCUCCACCCUCCCGCAGUCAGAAAUGACAACCACCGCUGGCACCACACUUGUCCCCAGGACCACUGCCCCGCCAACACAAGGCACAACCACCAUCACUACCACCAGCAGGACUACCACCAGCAGAGCCAGCACCACCAAGACCUCUCCACCUCCAACACAAGGCACGAUCAUCAUCACACCCACUCCAACAGUGCCCACCUCAGCCAUUAGCACUGCCAGCACCUACAGGACCUCUGCAGAAAGCACCACAACAUCCACAGCCCCAUCUACUCCAGCAGAAACCUCCACUGUGGCAACGCAGAUGCCAACAUCACCCUCUACUGCCUCCACCCUGCCCUGGUCAGCAAUGACAACCACUGCUGGCACCACGGUUGUCCCCAGGACCAUUGCCCUGCCAACACAAGGCACGACCAUCAUCACUACCACCAGCAGCACGACCAACAGCAGGGCCACCACCACCAAGACCUCUCCGCCUCCAACACAAGGCACAAAAACCAUCACACUCACUCCAACAGUGCCCACCUCAGCCACUAGCAUUGCCAGCACCUCCAGGACUACUGCAGGAAGCACCACAACAUCCACAGCCAUAUCUGCUCCAGCAGAAACCUCCACUGUGGCAAUCCAGGCUCCAACAUCACCCGCUACUGCCUCCACACUCCCCCAGUCAGAAGUGACAACCACUGCUGGCACCACGGUUGUCCCCAGUACUACUGCCCCGCCAACACAAGGCACAACCAUCAUCACUACCACCAGCAGGGCCAGCACCACCAAGACCUCUCCGCCUCCAACACAAGGCACAACCAUCAUCACACCCACUCCAACAGUGCCCACCUCAGCCACUAGCACUGCCAGCACCUCCAGGAACUCUGCAGGAAGCACCACAACAUCCACAGCCAUAUCUGCUGCAGCAGAAACGUCCACUGUGGCAACCCAGGCUCCAACAUCACCUGCUACUGCCUCCACACUCCCCCAGUCAGAAAUGACAACCACUGCUGGCACCACGGUUGUCCCCAGUACUACUGCCCUGCCAACACAAGGCACAACCAUCAUCACUACCACCAGCCGGACUGCCACUACCAUGACCUCUCCACCUUCAACACAAGGCACAACCAUCAUCACACCCACUCCAACAGUGCCCACCUCAGCCAUUAGCACUGCCAGCACCUCCAGGACCUCUGCAGGAAGCACCACAACUUCCACAUCCCAAUCUACUCCAGCAGAAACCUCCACUGUGGCAACCCAGGCUCCAACAUCACUCACUACUGCCUCCACCCUCCCCUGGUCAGCAAUGACAUCCACCGCUGCCACCAUGGUUGUCCCCAGUACCACUGCCCCACCAACACAAGGCACAACCAUCAUCACACUCACAAUAACAGUGCCCACCUCAGCCACUAGCACUGCCAGCACCUCCAGGACCUCUGCAGGAAGUACCACAACGUCCACAGCCACAUCUGCUCCAGCAGAAACCUCCACUGUGGCAACCCAGGCUCCAACGUCACCUGCUACUGCCUCCACACUCCCCCAGUCAGAAGUGACAACCACUGCUGGCACCACAGUUGUCCCCAGGACCACUGCCCUGCCAACACAAGGCACAACCAUCAUCACUACCACCAGCAGGGCCAGCACCACCAAGACCUCUCCGCCUCCAACACAAGGCACAACCAUCAUCACACCCACUCCAACAGUGCCCACCUCAGCCACUAGCACUGCCAGCACCUCGAGGAACUCUGCAGGAAGUACCACAACAUCCACAGCCAUAUCUGCUGCAGCAGAAACCUCCACUGUAGCAACCCAGGCUCCAACAUCACCUGCUACUGCCUCCACACUCCCCCAGUCAGCAAUGACAACCACUGCUGGCACCACAGUUGUCCCCAGUACUACUGCCCUGCCAACACAAGGCACAACCAUCAUCACUACCACCAGCAGGUCUGCCACUACCACGACCUCUCCACCUUCAACACAAGGCACAACCAUCAUCACACCCACUCCCACAGUGCCCACCUCAGCCAUUAGCACUGCCAGCACCUCCAGGACCUCUGAAGGAAGCACCACAACUUCCACAUCCCAAUCUACUCCAGCAGAAACCUCCACUGUGGCAACCCAGGCUCCAACAUCACCCACUACUGCCUCCACCCUCCCCUGGUCAGCAAUGACAACAACCGCUGCCACCAUGGUUGUCCGCAGUACCACUGCCAUGCCAACACAAGGCACAACCAUCAUCACACUCACACCAACAGUGCCCACCUCAGCCACUAGCACUGCCAGCACAUCCAGGACCUCUGCAGGAAGUACCACAACGUCCACAGCCACAUCUGCUCCAGCAGAAACCUCCACUGUAGCAACCCAGAUGCCAACAUCACCUGCUACUGCCUCCACACUCCCCCAGUCAGAAAUGACAACCACUGCUGGCACCACAGUUGUCCCCAGGACCACUGCCCUGCCAACACAAGGCACAACCAUCAUCACUGCCACCAGCAGGACUACCACCAGCAAGACCUCUCUCCCUCCAACACAAGGCACAACCAUCAUCACACCCACUCCAACAGUGCCCACCUCAGCCAUUAGCACUGCCAGCACCUACAGGACCUCUGCAGAAAGCACCACAACGUCCACAGCCACGUCUCCUCCAGCAGAAACCUCCAAUGCGGAAACGCAGAUGCCAACAUCACCCUCUGCUGCCUCCACCCUGCCCUGGUCAGCAAUGACAACCACUGCUGGCACCACGGUUGUCCCCAGGACCACUGCCAUGCCAACACAAGGCACAACCAUCAUCACACUCACACCAACAGUGCCCACCUCAGCCACUAGCACUGCCAGCACCUCCAGGACCUCUGCAGAAAGCACCACAACGUCCACAGCCACAUCUGCUCCAGCAGAAACGUCCACUGUGGCAACCCAGGCUCCAACAUCACCCGCUACUGCCUCCACACUCCCCCGGUCACCAAUGACAACCACUGCUGGCACCACAGUUGUCCCCAGGACCAUUACCCCGCCAACACAAGGCACAACCAUCAUCACUACCACCAGCAGGACCAGCACCACCAAGACCUCUCCCCCUCUGACAGAAGGCACAACCAUCAUCACACUCACUCCAACAGUGCCCACCUCAGCCACUAGCACUGCCAGCACCUCCAGGACCUCUGCAGGAAGCACCACAACAUCCACAGCCAUAUCUGCUGCAGCAGAAACGUCCACUGUGGCAACCCAGGCUCCAACAUCACCUGCUACUGCCUCCACACUCCCCCAGUCAGAAGUGACAGCCACUGCUGGCACCACGGUUCUCCCCAGUACUACUGCCCUGCCAACACAAGGCACAACCAUCAUUACUACCACCAGCCGGACUGCCACUACCAAGACCUCUCCCCCUCCAACACAAGGCACAACCAUCAUCACACCCACUCCAACAGUGCCCACCUCAGCCACUAGCACUGCCAGCACCUCCAGGACCUCUGCAGGAAGUACCACAACAUCCACAGCCACGUCUCCUCCAGCAGAAACCUCCACUGUGGCAACGCAGGUGCCAACAUCACCCUCUACUGCCUCCACCCUGCCCUGGUCAGCAAUGACAACCACUGCUGGCACCACAGUUGUCCCCAGUACUACUGCCCUGCCAACACAAGGCACAACCAUCAUCACUACCACCAGCAGGACUACCACCAGCAAGACCUCUCCGCCUCCAACACAAGGCACAACCAUCAUCACACCCACUCCAACAGUGCCCACCUCAGCCACUAGCACUGCCAGCACCUCCAAGACCACUACAGGAAGCACAACGACGUCCACAGCCACAUCUGCUGCACCUGAAACCUCCACUGUGGCAACCCAGGCUCCAAUGUCACCUGCUACUGCCUCCACACUCCCCCAAUCAGAAGUGACAACCACUGCUGGCACCACAGUUGUCCCCAGGACCACUGCCCCGCCAACACAAGGCACAACCAUCAUCACUACCACCAGCAGGGCCAGCACCACCAAGACCUCUCCCCCUCCAACACAAGGCACAACCAUCAUCACACCCACUCCAACAGUGCCCACCUCAGCCACUAGCACUGCCAGCACCUCAAGCUGCCAGCAGCACUGUGCCUGGACGCAGUGGUUUGACUUGGAUUCCCCUAGCCCUGGUAGCGAAAAUGGAGACAUAGAGACGUUUGCAAAAAUCCGAGCCGCCGGGUAUGCACUGUGUGACAAGCCACAAGACAUCAAGUGCCGUGCUAAAGAUUACCCUUAUAGGAGUCUGGACAAACUGGGACAGAAGUUUGAGUGCAGUCUUGACACUGGCCUUGUGUGCAGAAAUAAGGAUCAGAUCAGAAAGUACCCGAUGUGCUUCGACUACGAGGUCAAGGUGCUGUGCUGUGACCGUGAACACUGCCAGACAACAUCAGCAACCACAGGACCCACUGCAGGCUCCUCCACCAAAGCCUCUCCUGUAGAAACCUCCACUGUGGCAACCCAGGCUCCAACGUCACCUGCUACUGCCUCCACACGCCCCCAGUCAGAAAUGACAACCACUGCUGGCACCACAGUUGUCCCCAGGACCACUGCCCCGCCAACACAAGGCACAACCAUCAUCACUACCACCAGCAGGGCCAGCACCACCAAGACCUCUCCCCCUCCAACACAAGGCACAACCAUCAUCACACCCACUCCAACAGUGCCCACCUCAGCCAUUAGCACUGCCAGCACCUCCAGGACCUCUGCAGGAAGCACCACAACGUCCACAGCCACAUCUCCUCCAGCAGAAACCUCCACUGUGGCAACCCAGGCUCCAACAUCACCCACUACUGCCUCCACCCUCCCCUGGUCAGCAAUGACAACAACCGCUGCCACCAUGGUUGUCCGCAGUACCACUGCCAUGCCAACACAAGGCACAACCAUCAUCACACUCACACCAACAGUGCCCGCCUCAGCCACUAGCACUGCCAGCACCUCCAGGACCUCUGCAGGAAGUACCACAACGUCCACAGCCACAUCUGCUCCAGCAGAAACCUCCACUGUAGCAACCCAGAUGCCAACAUCACCUGCUACUGCCUCCACACUCCCCCAGUCAGAAAUGACAACCACUGCUGGCACCACAGUUGUCCCCAGGACCACUGCCCUGCCAACACAAGGCACAACCAUCAUCACUACCACCAGCCGGACUGCCACUACCAUGACCUCUCCACCUUCAACACAAGGCACAACCAUCAUCACACCCACUCCCACAGUGCCCACCUCAGCCAUUAGCACUGCCAGCACCUCCAGGACCUCUGCAGGAAGUACCACAACGUCCACAGCCACAUCUGCUCCAGCAGAAACCUCCACUGUAGCAACCCAGAUGCCAACAUCACCUGCUACUGCCUCCACACUCCCCCAGUCAGAAGUGACAACCACUGCUGGCACCACAGUUGUCCCCAGGACCACUGCCCCGCCAACACAAGGCACAACCAUCAUCACUACCACCAGCAGGGCCAGCACCACCAAGACCUCUCCCCCUCCAACACAAGGCACAACCAUCAUCACACCCACUCCAACAGUGCCCACCUCAGCCACUAGCACUGCCAGCACCUCAAGGUACUCUGCAGGAAGUACCACAACAUCCACAGCCCUAUCUGCUGCAGCAGUAACCUCCACUGUGGCAUCCCAGGCUCCAACGUCACCUGCUACUGCCUCCACACGCCCCCAGUCAGAAGUGACAACCACUGCUGGCACCACAGUUGUCCCCAGUACUACUGCCCUGCCAACACAAGGCACAACCAUCAUCACUACCACCAGCAGGUCUGUCACUACCACGACCUCUCCACCUUCAACACAAGGCACAACCAUCAUCACACCCACUCCCACAGUGCCCACCUCAGCCAUUAGCACUGCCAGCACCUCCAGGACCUCUGCAGGAAGCACCACAACUUCCACAUCCCAAUCUACUCCAGCAGAAACCUCCACUGUGGCAACCCAGGCUCCAACAUCACCCACUACUGCCUCCACCCUCCCCUGGUCAGCAAUGACAACCACCGCUGCCACCAUGGUUGUCCCCAGUACCACUGCCCCACCAACACAAGGCACAACCAUCAUCACACUCACACCAACAGUGCCCACCUCAGCCACUAGCACUGCCAGCACCUCCAGGACCUCUGCAGGAAGUACCACAAUGUCCACAGCCACAUCUGCUCCAGCAGAAACCUCCACUGUGGCAACCCAGGCUCCAACGUCACCUGCUACUGCCUCCACACGCCCCCAGUCAGAAAUGACAACCACUGCUGGCACCACAGUUGUCCCCAGGACCACUGCCCUGCCAACACAAGGCACAACCAUCAUCACUGCCACCAGCAGGACUACCACCAGCAAGACCUCUCCGCCUCCAACACAAGGCACAACCAUCAUCACACCCACUCCAACAGUGCCCACCUCAGCCAUUAGCACUGCCAGCACCUACAGGACCUCUGAAGGAAGCACCACAACGUCCACAGCCACGUCUCCUCCAGCAGAAACCUCCAAUGCGGAAACGCAGAUGCCAACAUCACCCUCUGCUGCCUCCACCCUGCCCUGGUCAGCAAUGACAACCACUGCUGGCACCAUGGUUGUCCCCAGGACCACUGCCAUGCCAACACAAGGCACAACCAUCAUCACACUCACUCCAACAGUGCCCACCUCAGCCAUUAGCACUGCCAGCACCUCCAGGACCUCUGCAGAAAGCACCACAACGUCCACAGCCACAUCUCCUCCAGCAGAAACCUCCACUGUGGCAACCCAGGCUCCAACAUCACCAGCUACUGCCUCCACACUCCCCCAGUCAGAAGUGACAACCACUGCUGGCACCACGGUUGUCCCCAGUACUACUGCCCCGCCAACACAAGGCACAACCAUCAUUACUACCACCAGCCGGACUGCCACUACCAAGACCUCUCCACGUCCAACACAAGGCACAACCAUCAUCACACCCACUCCAACAGUGCCCACCUCAGCCACUAGCACUGCCAGCACCUCCAGGACCUCUGCAGGAAGUACCACAACAUCCACAGCCACGUCUCCUCCAGCAGAAACCUCCACUGUGGCAACGCAGGUGCCAACAUCACCCUCUACUGCCUCCACCCUGCCCUGGUCAGCAAUGACAACCACUGCUGGCACCACAGUUGUCCCCAGGACCACUGCCCCGCCAACACAAGGCACAACCAUCAUCACUACCACCAGCAGGGCCAGCACCACCAAGACCUCUCCCCCUCCAACACAAGGCACAACCAUCAUCACACCCACUCCAACAGUGCCCACCUCAGCCACUAGCACUGCCAGCACCUCCAAGACCACUACAGGAAGCACAACGACGUCCACAGCCACAUCUGCUGCACCUGAAACCUCCACUGUGGCAACCCAGGCUCCAAUGUCACCUGCUACUGCCUCCACACUCCCCCAAUCAGAAGUGACAACCACUGCUGGCACCACAGUUGUCCCCAGGACCACUGCCCCGCCAACACAAGGCACAACCAUCAUCACUACCACCAGCAGGGCCAGCACCACCAAGACCUCUCCCCCUCCAACACAAGGCACAACCAUCAUCACACCCACUCCAACAGUGCCCACCUCAGCCACUAGCACUGCCAGCACCUCAAGCUGCCAGCAGCACUGUGCCUGGACGCAGUGGUUUGACUUGGAUUCCCCUAGCCCUGGUAGCGAAAAUGGAGACAUAGAGACGUUUGCAAAAAUCCGAGCCGCCGGGUAUGCACUGUGUGACAAGCCACAAGACAUCAAGUGCCGUGCUAAAGAUUACCCUUAUAGGAGUCUGGACAAACUGGGACAGAAGUUUGAGUGCAGUCUUGACACUGGCCUUGUGUGCAGAAAUAAGGAUCAGAUCAGAAAGUACCCGAUGUGCUUCGACUACGAGGUCAAGGUGCUGUGCUGUGACCGUGAACACUGCCAGACAACAUCAGCAACCACAGGACCCACUGCAGGCUCCUCCACCAAAGCCUCUCCUGUAGAAACCUCCACUGUGGCAACCCAGGCUCCAACGUCACCCGCUACUGCCUCCACACGCCCCCAGUCAGAAAUGACAACCACUGCUGGCACCACAGUUGUCCCCAGGACCACUGCCCCGCCAACACAAGGCACAACCAUCAUCACUACCACCAGCAGGGCCAGCACCACCAAGACCUCUCCCCCUCCAACACAAGGCACAACCAUCAUCACACCCACUCCAACAGUGCCCACCUCAGCCAUUAGCACUGCCAGCACCUCCAGGACCUCUGCAGGAAGCACCACAACGUCCACAGCCACAUCUCCUCCAGCAGAAACCUCCACUGUGGCAACCCAGGCUCCAACAUCACCCACUACUGCCUCCACCCUCCCCUGGUCAGCAAUGACAACAACCGCUGCCACCAUGGUUGUCCGCAGUACCACUGCCAUGCCAACACAAGGCACAACCAUCAUCACACUCACACCAACAGUGCCCGCCUCAGCCACUAGCACUGCCAGCACCUCCAGGACCUCUGCAGGAAGUACCACAACGUCCACAGCCACAUCUGCUCCAGCAGAAACCUCCACUGUAGCAACCCAGAUGCCAACAUCACCUGCUACUGCCUCCACACUCCCCCAGUCAGAAGUGACAACCACUGCUGGCACCACAGUUGUCCCCAGGACCACUGCCCUGCCAACACAAGGCACAACCAUCAUCACUACCACCAGCCGGACUGCCACUACCAUGACCUCUCCACCUUCAACACAAGGCACAACCAUCAUCACACCCACUCCCACAGUGCCCACCUCAGCCAUUAGCACUGCCAGCACCUCCAGGACCUCUGCAGGAAGUACCACAACGUCCACAGCCACAUCUGCUCCAGCAGAAACCUCCACUGUAGCAACCCAGAUGCCAACAUCACCUGCUACUGCCUCCACACUCCCCCAGUCAGAAGUGACAACCACUGCUGGCACCACAGUUGUCCCCAGGACCACUGCCCCGCCAACACAAGGCACAACCAUCAUCACUACCACCAGCAGGGCCAGCACCACCAAGACCUCUCCCCCUCCAACACAAGGCACAACCAUCAUCACACCCACUCCAACAGUGCCCACCUCAGCCACUAGCACUGCCAGCACCUCAAGGUACUCUGCAGGAAGUACCACAACAUCCACAGCCCUAUCUGCUGCAGCAGUAACCUCCACUGUGGCAUCCCAGGCUCCAACGUCACCUGCUACUGCCUCCACACUCCCCCAGUCAGAAGUGACAACCACUGCUGGCACCACAGUUGUCCCCAGUACUACUGCCCUGCCAACACAAGGCACAACCAUCAUCACUACCACCAGCAGGUCUGCCACUACCACGACCUCUCCACCUUCAACACAAGGCACAACCAUCAUCACACCCACUCCCACAGUGCCCACCUCAGCCAUUAGCACUGCCAGCACCUCCAGGACCUCUGCAGGAAGCACCACAACUUCCACAUCCCAAUCUACUCCAGCAGAAACCUCCACUGUGGCAACCCAGGCUCCAACAUCACCCACUACUGCCUCCACCCUGCCCUGGUCAGCAAUGACAACAACCGCUGCCACCAUGGUUGUCCGCAGUACCACUGCCCUGCCAACACAAGGCACAACCAUCAUCACACUCACACCAACAGUGCCCACCUCAGCCACUAGCACUGCCAGCACAUCCAGGACCUCUGCAGGAAGUACCACAACGUCCACAGCCACAUCUGCUCCAGCAGAAACCUCCACUGUGGCAACCCAGGCUCCAACAUCACCUGCUACUGCCUCCACACUCCCCCAGUCAGAAAUGACAACCACUGCUGGCACCACAGUUGUCCCCAGGACCACUGCCCUGCCAACACAAGGCACAACCAUCAUCACUGCCACCAGCAGGACUACCACCAGCAAGACCUCUCCGCCUCCAACACAAGGCACAACCAUCAUCACACCCACUCCAACAGUGCCCACCUCAGCCAUUAGCACUGCCAGCACCUACAGGACCUCUGAAGGAAGCACCACAACGUCCACAGCCACGUCUCCUCCAGCAGAAACCUCCACUGCGGAAACGCAGAUGCCAACAUCACCCUCUGCUGCCUCCACCCUGCCCUGGUCAGCAAUGACAACCACUGCUGGCACCAUGGUUGUCCCCAGGACCACUGCCAUGCCAACACAAGGCACAACCAUCAUCACACUCACUCCAACAGUGCCCACCUCAGCCAUUAGCACUGCCAGCACCUCCAGGACCUCUGCAGAAAGCACCACAACGUCCACAGCCACAUCUCCUCCAGCAGAAACCUCCACUGUGGCAACCCAGGCUCCAACAUCACCCGCUACUGCCUCCACACUCCCCCAGUCAGAAGUGACAACCACUGCUGGCACCACAGUUGUCCCCAGGACCACUGCCCCGCCAACACAAGGCACAACCAUCAUCACUACCACCAGCAGGGCCAGCACCACCAAGACCUCUCCCCCUCCAACACAAGGCACAACCAUCAUCACACCCACUCCAACAGUGCCCACCUCAGCCACUAGCACUGCCAGCACCUCCAAGACCACUACAGGAAGCACAACGACGUCCACAGCCACAUCUGCUGCACCUGAAACCUCCACUGUGGCAACCCAGGCUCCAAUGUCACCUGCUACUGCCUCCACACUCCCCCAAUCAGAAGUGACAACCACUGCUGGCACCACAGUUGUCCCCAGGACCACUGCCCCGCCAACACAAGGCACAACCAUCAUCACUACCACCAGCAGGGCCAGCACCACCAAGACCUCUCCCCCUCCAACACAAGGCACAACCAUCAUCACACCCACUCCAACAGUGCCCACCUCAGCCACUAGCACUGCCAGCACCUCAAGCCCUGGUAGCGAAAAUGGAGACAUAGAGACGUUUGCAAAAAUCCGAGCCGCCGGGUAUGCACUGUGUGACAAGCCACAAGACAUCAAGUGCCGUGCUAAAGAUUACCCUUAUAGGAGUCUGGACAAACUGGGACAGAAGUUUGAGUGCAGUCUUGACACUGGCCUUGUGUGCAGAAAUAAGGAUCAGAUCAGAAAGUACCCGAUGUGCUUCGACUACGAGGUCAAGGUGCUGUGCUGUGACCGUGAACACUGCCAGACAACAUCAGCAACCACAGGACCCACUGCAGGCUCCUCCACCAAAGCCUCUCCUGUAGAAACCUCCACUGUGGCAACCCAGGCUCCAACGUCACCCGCUACUGCCUCCACACGCCCCCAGCCAGAAAUGACAACCACUGCUGGCACCACAGUUGUCCCCAGGACCACUGCCCCGCCAACACAAGGCACAACCAUCAUCACUACCACCAGCAGGGCCAGCACCACCAAGACCUCUCCCCCUCUGACAGAAGGCACAACCAUCAUCACACCCACUCCCACAGUGCCCACCUCAGCCAUUAGCACUGCCAGCACCUCCAGGACCUCUGCAGAAAGCACCACAACGUCCACAGCCACAUCUCCUCCAGCAGAAACGUCCACUGUGGCAACCCAAGCUCCAACGUCACCCACUACUGCCUUCACCCUCCCCCAGUCAGGAAUUACGAGCACCAUAGGUGUUACAGAUAUUCUUCCAACUUCUGUUUCUUCUACUGGACAAAGUACUGCCACUACUGUUUUUCCUACAAGUUUCUCUACCACAAGCAGCCCAGUGAGUGGACCCCGUAGCUUGAUUAUUACUUAUCCUAGCUUGAGGGAGACAGUGGUGACUUUGAAACUUUUGAAAGUAUUAGAGCUAAAUGUCAUAAUAUUUGCCAAAUCCCAGAUGAUAUUCAGCAUAGAGCUAAAAGAUUUCCAGAAUCUCCACUUAGCACCUGGAGAGAACUGGAUAAGUGAAUGCCAGAAGUGUGUCUGUGACCCCCUCACUGCUACCAUACAAUGCCAGCCGCUCCUGUGCCAAACAGUUCAGACACCAAUUUGUGACCCAGGAUUUGCUCCCGUGUCUGUAUCACCCCCAAAAGACUCAUGUUGUCCUCAAUUUCAAUGCCAACCAACAUCUGACAUCUGUGUGAUUAACGGUACAACGUACAUGGUUGGAAUGUCAAUAGUAAACAAUUCAUGUCAGAACUGUACCUGCAGUUCUGAGAAAGAUCCAGUGACUCACAAAAACAUUGUGCAUUGUGAAAGAGUUCGAUGUGAAACAUCUUGCCCACUGGUUGAUGAGAUCCUGCCACUCGAUCAUUGCAGCCAUUACAAAUGUGAAAAAAUUGAAGAUCAAUUUGUUGCAGUCCAAACUAAAAAAAUAUGCCCCGAGUACAACCCAGGAGAGUGUGAUCUUGACGAAGCAGAGACUACUCCCGAUGGCUGCUGCAAAAUAUGUAAACCUGCAAACUGCAAACCUUACAGCAAAAAAACUGUGAUCCGCCAUGGUGACUGUGAAUCUUCUCAACCUGUUGAGCUGGCAUAUUGUGAAGGAACUUGUCCUGGCUCCUCAGUGUAUUCUCUUGAAGCAAACCAGAUGCAAUACGAGUGUAGUUGCUGCCAGGAGUCCAGCAGCCAAACAAGAGAGGUGACCCUGACUUGCCAAAAUGGAACAAGCAUAAAUUAUAACUAUGUCUAUGUGGAACAAUGCCAGUGUAUGAAUGCAUGCACUUCAAAAACCUCUGCACCAUAUGGCUCCCAACUGAAAAAAUUGGCAGCAUACAGUUCCCAAUGGAAAAUCAGCAAAAGAAAGAUGCGCAUUGGAAACAGAGAGCAGAGACCCUAG